AUUUGUGUGAGCAUGAUUGGAGGGGAGUGACAGGGCUGAAAAGACUUCCUCUCCCUCUCCAUGUCUCUAGCUCUCUCACAGGGCAGUUAGGGUGGGCUAAAUCAGAACAUGGACGCACACAAACAUACUUAGUAAGAGGGGGUGGCGCUGGAGCGUCCUACAGUUGCUCAGUGACACACAGACACACUCACGAGGAGGAGUAGGACCCUGAGGCUAAACCUGGAGGUUCUCUUUUGUUUUCACACAUCAAGGAUUUUACUUGAAUCACUUAUUCACUGUUGGGAUUGGAUUUCAGUUCUGUUGGAUUACUUUUGUGGCUGCGUGGCUCCUGGAUGACCUUUGUGGAUAUUUAAUGUCAUUCCUCAUCGCUGCUCCUGUGGGUGCAGACACAUGUUUUGGCAAACGGAUGUCUGAGUGUGAGGAGACUGGGUGAACAAGAAGAGCAACAGAUAGACAAGAACAAACAAGCAGGCACGCACAUGCUGACAAAGGUUGCCUCGUGCGGCCUCCGGAAGCCGAUACUGUGGCUAUAUUCACUGGAAAGAAGGUGCUGACAAGUGGAGCGUCGUCUUGAACCAUCUAGCAGUCAAACUAACUAUUCAUCCCUCAAGAGGAGACGAGAUGUCGAGGCCUCCUUCCUCCCAGACCACCCCUCAGUUCCACAGGGUCAGCGACAGGGAUCUCACCGAGAUUGAGCUGCAUUCUGUGGACUCCAUCAACGACCUCCACCGAACGCACCACGAACACAGCCACAAAGUGAUGAGGCCUCCUCGACCUGCUUACACACCCUCCCCAAAUGGGAAUCUCUACACAUGUGAUGUGACAGCUGUCAAUCAAGGAGGCCAUCCAGUCAGCAGCAAAUGGCAGAGCCGUCUACAGGAUAUGCUGACACCCAGUUCAUCACGUGCCUAUGCCAUGGGCUGUGCCAUUAUCACUUUGCUGCUGCUAACUGUGUUACUCAUCUUCUACUUUCUGGUCCAGCAGGGCGGCGCAGUCAGGAUGCUGACUGAGGCACUGAAGGAGAAAGAGGCUGCAGCCACAGAGCUGUCACUGCUGAUCCAAGAACUGCAGGCACUGAGACGCAACCUGACAGCCACGAGAGGAGGGACAUGAGGAACAUAUGUAUAAAUAAACAUACAAAUCUAUACAUACACAGAUACACCUGUAAUAUUGGACGUGAGAUGCUUUGAAGUAAAGCAAAACUUUAUUUUACACUGGAUUUUUCCUUGAAGAGGAACCAUCAUCAAAAUGUUUCCUAAAUGUUUUCAGUGUUUCAGAUUGAAUGUAAGUGAUGGAACCACGUUAAGGGAUGGGAGGUUUCUGAGAACCGUUCCACUCUUUCCUGCCAGGUCACUAAAUGAAAAGGACUUUUGAAUGAUGGCGCAUCGCAUAAUACACAUUUAAUGUCUGUAGCAAACUGAUUAUUCAGCAUUGUUGCUCAAAACAAUUUAAAGUGUCACACAAAGUGUUUAAAUGACACAGUAGUAAGGUCUACCAGCCGUCUCUGUGCUGUCAGUCAUGUUGUGUGAAUAAGUGUGUAUCACACAUGGAGCAGCACAAUCAAAAUGUGGUAGACAAACACACAAAUACAAUUUAUUAAAUGGAUAACAAAGACAA